UUUCAGCCCAGAAUGAAAUUGAUUAUCGAGGAGAACGCCGAUAAAGUCGCCGAAUUCGCUGCUCGAUAUGUCGUUACAAAGAUCAAUGAAGCGACUGAAAAUGGAAAAUAUCUCGUCUUAGGACUGCCAACCGGCUCAACUCCACUCGGAAUGUACAAGAAACUCAUCGAAUUCUACAAUGCCGGAGUUAUCUCCUUUGAAAAAGUGAAAACUUUUAAUAUGGACGAGUAUGUCGAUCUUCCACGUGACCAUACAGAAUCGUAUCACUCCUUCAUGUUUGACAACUUUUUCCGACACAUUGACAUUAAUCCAGCUAAUAUUCACAUUCUCGACGGAAAUACGUCUGAUCACGAGAAGGAGUGUGAAGAGUACGAGCGUAAAAUCAAAGAAUCUGGCGGAAUCGAUUUAUUUGUCGGUGGAAUUGGUCCAGAUGGCCAUAUUGCGUUCAAUGAGCCCGGAAGUUCGCUGGCAAGCCGUACACGUAUCAAGACCCUCAACGAGGAUACAAUUCAGGCUAACGCUCGUUUCUUCGGUGGAGACAUCACAAAAGUGCCAACACAAGCUCUGACAGUCGGCGUCCAGACUGUAAUGGAUGCUCGUGAAGUGAUGAUUCUCAUCACAGGAUCACACAAAGCGCUGGCUCUUCAUCAGGCAAUCGAAUGCGGAAUCUCUCACAUGUGUACGGUCUCUGCGAUGCAGAUGCAUCGAUGUGCAACGUUUAUUGCCGACGAAGAUGCCACGUUGGAGUUGAAAGUGAAGACGGUCAAAUAUUUCAAAGGAUUAAUGAAUCAUCAUCGUUCACUUGUCAUGUUUUAAUCUGUAUUACUUUUUUUCAUGUACCCUUCCACUAAUUUUCACUGUAACUUUCACUGUAACUUUGAAUACUAAAUAUUGAACAUUUUGGUACUCAUUAUUUGCCCAUUAUUCUUCCCGAAACAUUUCAAUAAAAUUGAAUUUUGAAAAAU